UGUGUCUGUCACCCUGGGGCCAGGUUUUGCGCCGCCUGCUCGGUGUCGGCGGCGGCAGCGGCGGCGGUGUGGACGGACGCCGUGGGUCGGACGCGGGAGCAGGCCACACUUUUAGCGGCCAUCGCCUCUCCAAUACUUGCUGCUCCACCAGCGAGCGCGGCGCAUUAUAAUUUCUCGGAAGAGCAUUCGGCUGCAUGGUGUUGCGCCGUUCGCACUCGCAUAAAGCACGAUCACACUUUCCUUCUCGACGACACCGCCAUGGCUCCUCAGAUGGUGAAGGGCUCUGCGAUUAUCCUUCUCGCGGCCAUCCUGGCCUGCAGUGUUGAGGCCGUGCGGGUCGGCGACGCCAGCGCCAACCAGAGGCCGCUCUUCCUGUCGGCCCCUGAGCCCAGGCUGCAUUACUUCAACUCCCUGGCGUCCCCCGAGGCGGCCCCGGCGCCCGUCUCCGAGCAGCCCGAGCCCGAGAACCCCGUCACCCCGCGGCUGCCCACGGAGCUGGGCGUGCAGCUGGAGAACGUGAUCAACUCGCUGCGCUACCGCUACCCCGACCCAACCACCACCCCCCGUCCCGGCACCUUCAGGGCGUCGGUGUACGUGCCCCCCGGCCUGCCGAGCGCCUUCUCCCGCCAGCCGCCGCAGCCCCAGGGCAGCGACGUGCCCCUGUUCACCGCCCCUGACGGCACCCUCAUUCCGGGAAUUUCCGACAUCGACCGCGCCGUGGCCUCCAACCGGCUGCAGCAGGAACAAGCCCGCAGGGACCAGAAUGACGCGAUCCAGGCCGAGGUAUUGCGACGUGUGCAGCAGGAAGCCCUUGAGGUCAUCAGGGAGUCGGUCAGUCUGAUCACCACCAACCCUGGCGCCCGUCGCAGACCCAACACCGUGAUCCGCCCCCAGCAACUGAUGCAAAGCCCUGGACAAACGCAAACCGUCUUCCAGCAGCAGCAGCAGCAACCGUCGUUCCAAUUCCUCCAGCAGUUCCCGGUCGCCCAGCCUCAGCAGGGUUUCGUUCCUAGCCCACCCACCCCUCCCACUCCGCCUACCCCUCCUUCUCCUCCCGAGGUGCCUCAGGUUCCUCAAGUUCCUCAAGUUCCACAGGUGCCACAGGUGCCACAAAUUCCGCAGAUUCCUCAGCUCCCUCAGCUCCCGUCUCUUCCUUUCCAGCCCGUUCCCGCCUUCCCCGCGGCGCCCGCUUACCCCUCCUUUCCCCUGACUUCCGACCAACAACCGCUCUUCCAGCAGCAGGCCUCAACCUUGGUCCACGCGGCAAACCCUCCCAUCACCGGAGUUUCGUACUCCAAUACCUACCACGUUUCCAUGAAGAGGCCUCAAAUCCUGUGAUCUAGAUCAUCACCUCAAUCAUCGCGCAGCAUCCUAUGAUUAACCGCAUCUUUUCACUCGCACGCAUUUUGCAAGGUCGCGCUCAUUUCCAUUAACCCAUCCACACAUUUGUAAUUAUCGUCAUUACCAAUAAUCCUUGAGACGCAAGCUUGUUUUGUAGUUUGUAAAUCUCGUUAUGUAUAAAAAAUGCGCGCUCAGCUAAAUCUAGAGAAA